AUGGAAAUAGACAGGUUUUUUAAGAACCUUAGGAAAUAUCAGGAUAUGGGAGGUACUAACCAUAUUUAUGGAGAAGCUGGUAAACAACCUGAACAGCAAUACGAGGCAGACAAGUAUGCAUGUAGCAUAUGUUAUAUGUCACCUGAUGAGCCAGUUGUAACGCUUUGUGGACAUCUUUACUGCUGGGGAUGUAUACAUGCAUGGUCGCAAUCUGUUGGUGGAUGCAGGUUCUGCCCAGUGUGUAGAUCAAAGAUGGAAAUUGAGGAACUUAUACCUGUUUUGUCGGUGUGCAGUAAGAAAAGAUGCGGACGAAUACCUCCAAAACCUGUGAAUGGGAAAAAACUUACCAAGGUGAUUAUGCCUGGAUGGAAGGCGAACGACAGAAGACUUAUUGGAAGCAUGGUGCUGCUAGAGUACAAUCCUGAGGUGCUUUCAUACAGAACAGUAAUGGGAACGUUUAUGCUUGUAUGCAUUUUUGUAGCAAUAACCUUGAAGUCGUAUCUGCUUGGUGGAUAG